CCACUAUCACACGUAUGUCACUGUUAACAACAGGUGCAUCAUAAUAAUACCUAGAAAAUGACCACAGUGACCCCACCACCAUUUCACUCUAUUUCCAAACCAACAUAACAGACAAGGUGCUUCACUUUACAUUCCUCAGUUCCCAUUUGACUAUUUUGACUCCUCACUUUGCCUUCUUCUUCUCUCUUUCUCAUCUCAAUUUUUGAAUACGCCAUGGAAAACUUGUACCCUUUUCAUCUCCUCUGUUUCAUCAUUCUCUUCGCCGUUUAUUUCUCCACCCCCGGCGAUUCCGCAUAUUCCAUCGGCAUCAACUACGGAACCGUCGGAAAUAACCUCCCGCCGCCUUCCCAAGUUGCUAAGUUCCUCAAGACCCAAACAACCAUCGACCGGGUCAAAAUCUUCGAUGCCAACCCAGACAUACUCCGGGCCUUUUCCAAUACCGGAAUCGCCCUGACUGUCACCGUCGGAAACGGCGACGUUCCGGCACUCGCUAAGCUUCCCGGUGCUCAGUCAUGGGUCGCAAACAACAUUUUACCGUUUCACCCUCAGACGGUGAUUAAUCGAAUUGCCGUCGGAAAUGAAAUCCUCGCCACUUCGGAUAAGGACCUCAUCGCCCAUCUAUUACCGGCCAUGAAAUCUCUUCACUCUGCUCUGAAGUUAGCUAACAUUACCAGUGUUCAAGUCUCGACUCCUCACUCGCUGGGCAUACUCGCCGCGAACUCGGAGCCACCGAGUUCGGCUCAGUUCCGAAGCGGUUACGACAAGGUAGUUUUCGCUCCGAUGCUCGAGUACCAUAGAGAAACCAAAUCCCCGUUUAUGAUAAACCCGUACCCGUUUUUCGGGUUAUCAGACACGACUCUGAACUACGCUCUAUUUAAGCCAAACGGCGGCGUUUUCGACCACGUGACGGGGGUAAACUACACCAACAUGUUCGACGCCCAGAUGGACGCGGUUUUCUCGGCCAUGAAGAAGUUGGGAUUCGAAGACGUGGAUGUCGUCGUUGCGGAGACGGGUUGGCCCUCGGUGGGUGACCCGAACCAGCUCGGUGUGAGCGUGGAAAACGCCUUGUCGUAUAACGGAAACCUCGUGAAGCACGUGAGUUCCGGUAAAGGAACGCCGUUAAUGCCAAACAGGACUUUCGAGACCUACAUUUUUUCUUUGUUCAACGAGAACCUCAAACCCACCAUUUCGGAGCAAAAUUACGGGUUGUUCAGGCCGGAUCUAACUCCGGUCUACGAUGUGGACAUUUUACGAAAUGAUCAGGCAUUGGGUCCUACAUCUUCUGUGGCUCAAGCCCCAUCCACCGUUGGUGAAGCCCCGUCGGCCCCAUCAUCCACCGUUGGUGAAGCCCCGUCGGCCCCAUCAUCUACCGUUGGUGAGGCCCCGACGGCCCCAUCAUCCACCGUUGGUCAAGCCCCAUCUAACGUUGAUCAGGGGAAAAGGUGGUGCGUGCCUAAAUCGAACGUGUCUGAUGAGGCAUUACAGAAGAACAUAGACUACGUGUGUAGCAUCAAAGUAGACUGCAAGCCCAUACAAUCUGGUGGGCCGUGCUUUGAGCCCAAUACAAUCAGAUCACAUGCGUCGUACGCAAUGAACGCUUACUACCAGAAAUUUGGGCCUCAGGAUAACAACUGUGACUUCAACCACACCGGAGUAGUUACUUUCACCGACCCUAGUUACAAGACUUGCACGUAUCCAUUUCAAGGUGUGGAUUUGAAGUUGGAAAAGUCGGUCGCAGAAGGAGGCCCUGCGAAAAUGUGGACCAUCCUUGAGAUAUUUAUUGGAGUAGCUUGUUAUACCAUAUCUAGACACCUCCUGUAAUAAUUUGCCAUAUAUAUACAUUUGUAGUAUUAUUAUCUAUGUAGCUUACUAGCUUAGGCAGCCUUAUAUGAUUUAUUUUUAUAGAUUUUCUUGGCCUAUUUUACUUGUAAAGCAUGGUCUGGACACGUGGCAAUUUUUGAGUGUUAGGCUUGAGGUGGUCGAUUGUAUUUGCUCCUCAUAUUGCAUAUAAUGCUUAUCCACGCUUGUAUUUUGGUUUAAUAAUCUUACAUUAUUUGAGUCA